GUUUACCUAUUAAAUUAUCAAAAUGAAAAUAGAUGAAUGGGGAAUAAGAUUUAUGUAUAUAGAAUAUAUUUAUUAUUUACUUUGAUUUAUUCUAAGGAUUAUGUUCUGAGUAAAAAUCACGUCACAUAUUUUCUAAUCUCGAAUCAAAUAUAGUGUCGAAUACAUGUUUCAGCAGCAAUUAGCAUAGUAGCAACAUAGGUACAUCAAUAUGGAAAGUAAUGAUUCGAAAGAAAAGCCAGGAAAAUCAUUUACUUGUACCAUUUGUAGCAAAACCUUCUGUUAUUCAACUGAAUUAGUUCGACAUAGCAAGGCACAUAAAGAUCAUAAACCGUUCAGUUGUGAUGUAUGCAGUAAAACAUUUGCUAAGGCCGAUUAUCUUAUGAAACAUAAAAGGAUACACACCAAAGUGAAAUCAUUUUCGUGUGAUGUGUGCGGUAAAAUGUUCAACUACGGGUUUCAAUUGACUGUUCACUACCGAACACACAUGGAGCAGAACUUGUAUAACUGUGCGGAGUGCGGCGGUUCCUUCAGCAGUGCUGGUCAACUAGAAAUACAUACGCGCAUCCAUACUGGCGAAAAACCAUUUUCUUGUUCCGUGUGUGACAAAUCUUUCAUAUCUGCAUCACAGCUUACAAAACAUAGUAAAAAACACUUAGACAAUAAACCAUACUGUGCUAAAUGUAAUAAAACAUUCACCAGUCAUAAAUUACUAGAAAUACAUAAAAAAGAGCAUAGUGAACCUAAGCCUUAUUGUUGUGAUCUUUGCAAUAAGAGUUUUAGCAGACCCAACCAUUUAGUUGUACACAGCAGGGUCCACACGGGAGAGAGGCCUUUUACUUGUAACAUUUGCGGUAGAGCUUUCAACCAAUCCAAUCACUUGAUCAUACAUUACAGAACCCAUACCGGAGAGAAGCCCUAUACCUGUGACAUAUGCAAUAAGGGAUUUAGCUCAUCAGGCCAACUUGUGAUCCACAAGAGAAUACAUACUGGGGAGCGGCCUUUCUGUUGUAAAGAAUGUGACAGGUGCUUCUGUUCUCCAAGUGAGUUGAUAGUUCACAACAGGACACACACGGGGGAACGGCCAUAUGAAUGUCGUAUUUGUUUCAAGGCUUUUAAUCAACUAUCCCAAUUAAAAAGACAUGCACAUAAGCAUAUAGGAGAUACAGAGGCAAUAAACACUUUGAAAGCUGAUAUAUGUGACAUUACUUUGGAAAAUGAACAUUUAUAAUGAACACUAAAAUUAUAUAUGGAAGAAUAGAGGCCCCAAAGACCUAUGUGUUCUAAUAUGUUAUAAAUUAAGCAGCAAUAUCAUAUCAAAUACUUUUAUAUUAAUACUUGGCUUAGAAUAUCGUGUUAAUGACAGAGUGAUUCACUUGUUAUGUAAAACAAAGCUAAGUAGUACUGGUGUAUAUCAAGGUAGAGUUUUACACACCAUUAAUUGUAUCAGAGUUGAGACCAUGAUAUAUUGUGGGUGCUGUAUUAAAUAUAUUUUGUUUUA